AUGCUGCCGCCGGGGCGCAACGGCACCGCGUACCGGGCGCGGUUCGGGCAGCAGCAGCGGGCUCAGGGGGGCGCCGUGGGGGGCUCGGAGGGGGCGGGGCCGCUGGGGCCCGCGCAGGUGGUCACCGCCGGCCUCCUGACCCUGCUCAUCGUCUGGACCCUGCUGGGCAACGUGCUGGUGUGCGCGGCCAUCGUGCGUAGCCGCCACCUGCGCGCCAAGAUGACCAACGUCUUCAUCGUGUCUCUGGCCGUGUCCGACCUCUUCGUGGCGCUGCUGGUCAUGCCCUGGAAGGCGGUCGCCGAGGUGGCCGGUUACUGGCCCUUUGGGGCUUUCUGCGACGUCUGGGUGGCUUUCGACAUCAUGUGCUCCACCGCCUCCAUCCUGAACCUGUGCGUCAUCAGCGUGGAUCGCUACUGGGCCAUCUCCAGGCCCUUCCGCUACGAGCGCAAGAUGACCCAGCGCGUGGCCUUGGUCAUAGUUGGCCUGGCCUGGACCUUGUCCAUCCUCAUCUCCUUCAUCCCGGUCCAGCUCCACUGGCACAGGGACAAAGCAGGCUCCUCCUGGAGCGAGAUGGACCCGCCAUCCUACCUGGCCAACGGGACCCCCUGGGAGGAGGCCGGGGAGCCAGAGGUGAGGACGGAGAACUGUGACUCCAGCCUGAACCGGACUUACGCAAUCUCCUCCUCACUCAUCAGCUUCUACAUCCCCGUGGCCAUCAUGAUCGUAACCUACACACGCAUCUACCGCAUCGCCCAAGUGCAGAUCCGCAGGAUCUCCUCUCUGGAGAGAGCUGUGGAGCAUGCGCAGAGUUGCCGGAGCCGCGCGGCCUGUGCGCCCGACGCCAGCCUGCGGACGUCCAUCAAGAAGGAGACCAAGGUCCUCCAGACCCUGUCGGUGAUCAUGGGGGUCUUCGUGUGCUGCUGGCUGCCCUUCUUCAUCCUUAACUGCAUGGUCCCCUUCUGCAGCGCACACCCCGAGGGCCCGAGGGCCGGCUUCCCCUGUGUCAGUGAGACCACCUUCGAUGUCUUCGUCUGGUUCGGUUGGGCCAACUCCUCGCUCAACCCCAUCAUCUAUGCCUUCAACGCCGACUUCCGGAACGUGUUUGCCCAGCUGCUGGGGUGCAGCCACCUCUGCUCCCGCACCCCGGUGGAGACGGUGAACAUCAGCAAUGAGCUCAUCUCCUACAACCAGGACACCGUCUUCCACAAGGAGAUCGCAGCUGCCUACAUCCAUAUGAUCCCCAACGCUGUGACCCCGGGGGACGGGGAAGUGGACAAAGAGGAGAGGGAGGGCCCUUUCGAUCGUAUGUCCCAGAUGUCUCAGACGUCCCCCCAUGGUGACCCUGCUGCUGAUUCUGUCUGGGAGCUGGACUGCGAGGGGGAGAUUUCAUUAGGCAAAAUAACACCUUUCACCCCAAAUGGAUUCCAUUCAGCUGCAUAAGAAACAUCUCUCGUGGAUCUAUAUAACUGCACAGACAUUAACAAGCAUGCAGAAUCCACACACAUCCACACUCACGCAGUCACACGCAUACGUUUACAGUGCUGCUCAGUUUAUCACGUUUCUGUGUCUGUAUAGUAGCCCAUGUGCUUAGAA